AAGCGGGACCCUGUCUGCACCCUCCUGGUUUGGGGAGGGCCUAGUGGCAGCCCGGAUACAGUGGGUGGGGGGCCGGGGAGCCUGCCUAGGGGAACCGCCUGGCCUCUGUUCAGCGUGCCCCUCCCCUGGGUGGGGCGUCAGGAGCUGAGUCACAACUUUGGAGGUGGGGGCAGCUUCACCCUCCUCCCCAUCCUCCAAGCUGCUGAGGAAGCCUGGGCUGAGCACAGUAGAGGAGGCCCAGGUGCCCAGGGCUGAGGAUGGGAGAGCUCAGGGACUUCCAGCAGUGGGUACAGCCCUCAGGGCUUCUGCCAACGACCACCCUGUCCCCAUGAGCAUGACUGCGAGCUCCGGGGUGCAGCUCCGCCUUUCCAGCUCUCCAGGGACACAGGGCCACCAUCGACGAGGUGGAGACGGACGUGGUGGAGAUUGAGGCCAAACUGGACAAGCUGGUGAAGCUGUGCAGCAGCAUGGUGGAGGCCGGCAAGGCCUACGUCAGCACCAGCAGGCUGUUCGUGAGCGGCGUCCGGGAGCUGUCCCAGCAGUGCCGGGGCGACACUGUCAUCUCGGAAUGUCUGCAGAGAUUUGGUGACAGCCUGCAGGAGGUGGUGAACUACCACAUGAUCCUGUUUGACCAGGCCCAGAGGUCCGUGCGGCAGCAGCUCCACAACUUUGUCAAAGAGGACGUGCGGAAGUUCAAGGAGACCAAGAAGCAGUUUGACAAGGUUCGGGAGGACCUGGAGCUGUCCCUGGUGAGGAACGCCCAGGCCCCGAGGCACCGGCCCCACGAGGUGGAGGAAGCCACCGGGGCCCUCACUCUCACCAGGAAGUGCUUCCGACACCUGGCCCUGGACUACGUGCUCCAGAUCAACGUCCUGCAGGCCAAGAAGAAGUUUGAGAUCCUGGACUCUAUGCUGUCCUUCAUGCACGCCCAGUCCAGCUUCUUCCAGCAGGGCCACAGCCUCCUGCACCAGCUGGACCCCUACAUGAAGAAGCUGGCAGCCGAGCUGGACCAGCUGGUGAUUGACUCUGCGGUGGAAAAGCGUGAGAUGGAACGGAAGCACGCCGCGAUCCAGCAGCGGACACUGCUGCAGGACUUCUCCUACGAUGAGUCAAAAGUGGAAUUUGACGUGGAUGCGCCCAGUGGGGUGGUGAUGGAGGGCUACCUCUUCAAGAGGGCCAGUAACGCUUUCAAGACCUGGAACCGGCGCUGGUUCUCCAUUCAGAACAGCCAGCUGGUCUACCAGAAGAAGCUCAAGGACGCGCUGACCGUGGUCGUGGAUGACCUCCGCCUGUGCUCUGUGAAGCCCUGCGAGGACACGGAACGCAGGUUCUGCUUCGAGGUGGUGUCACCCACCAAGAGCUGCAUGCUGCAGGCCGACUCUGAGAAGCUGAGGCAGGCCUGGGUGCAGGCCGUGCAGGCCAGCAUCGCCUCUGCCUACCGAGAGAGCCCCGACAGCUGCUACAGCGAGAGGCUGGACCGCACAGCAUCCCCGUCCACGAGCAGCAUCGACUCCGCCACCGACCCUCGGGAGCGCAGCGUGAAGGGCGAGAGUGUGCUGCAGCGUGUACAGAAUGUGGCCGGCAACAGCCAGUGUGGUGACUGUGGCCAGCCGGACCCCCGCUGGGCUUCCAUCAACCUGGGCGUGCUGCUCUGCAUCGAAUGCUCAGGCAUCCACAGGAGCCUGGGUGUCCACUGCUCCAAGGUCCGGUCCCUGACGCUGGACUCGUGGGAGCCAGAGCUGCUAAAGCUGAUGUGUGAGCUUGGAAACAGCACUGUGAACCAGAUCUACGAGGCCCAGUUUGAGGGCACAGGCAGCAGGAAGCCCAGCGCCAGCAGCCCCCGGCAGGACAAGGAGGCCUGGAUCAAGGACAAAUACGUGGAAAAGAAAUUUCUGCGGAAGGCACCUGUGGCGCAAGCCCGGGAGGCCCCAAGACGCUGGAGGGCGCAGAAGUGCCUGCGGCCCCAUAGCUCUCCCCGCGUCCCCGCUGCCCGCCGCAAGGUCCGGCUUGAGCCCGCCCUGCCCUGUGUGGCUGCUCUGUCCUCAGUGGGCACCCUGGAGCACAGGUUCCGCCGGGACUCCCUCUUCUGCCCUGACGAGCUGGACUCCCUCUUCUCCUACUUCGAUGCAGGGGCCGCGGGGGCUGGCCCUCGCAGUCUGAGCAGCGACAGUGGCCUUGGGGGCAGCUCAGAUGGCAGCUCGGAUGUCCUGGCUUUCGGCGCGGGUUCCGUGGUGGACAGCGUCACUGAGGAGGAGGGCGUGGAGUCAGAGGAGUCCAGCGGCGAGGCGGACGGGGACGCUGAGGCCGAGGCCUGGGGCCUGGCGGAUGUGCGCGAGCUGCACCCGGGGCUCCUGGCACACCGUGCGGCGCGCGCUCGCGACCUUCCCGCACUGGCAGCGGCGCUGGCCCACGGGGCCGAGGUCAACUGGGCGGACGCGGAGGACGAGGGCAAGACACCGCUGGUGCAGGCCGUGCUAGGGGGCUCCUUGAUUGUCUGUGAGUUCCUGCUGCAAAACGGAGCGGACGUGAACCAAAGAGACAGCCGGGGCCGGGCCCCCCUGCACCACGCCACGCUGCUGGGCCGCACGGGCCAGGUCUGCCUGUUCCUGAAGCGGGGCGCGGACCAGCACGCACUGGACCAAGAGCAGCGUGACCCGUUGGCCAUCGCGGUGCAGGCGGCCAAUGCCGACAUCGUGACGCUGCUCCGUCUGGCUCGCAUGGCCGAGGAAAUGCGCGAGGCCGAGGCUGUCCCGGGCCCCCCGGGCGCUCUGGCGGGAAGCAGCCCCACGGAGCUCCAGUUCCGCAGGUGCAUCCAGGAGUUCAUCAGCCUCCACCUGGAGGAGAGCUAGGACCGGGCAGGCCGGGCAGUUGCCGCCCCGCCCGGCCCGAAGCCCCCGGCGCCCACCUGGCCGCGGCCCUGCCGGUGACCUGCGGGCCAAUGCCCCGCAGACCCAGUGCCGGGGUGCUUCGGGCCCCGCUCUCCCAGGAGGAGCGCGAAGCCCCACCCAGCACUGAGUCUCUUGGAGCUUCACGAUUCCCUGGGGGUGCUGCAUUGUCGGGUGCCCCUGACCCCACCUGGGGAACCUCUGUCUUCAGGUCACACCUUUUCAGAGGCCUGGGUUGCUCAUGUCACAAGCCACUGUUGAGACCCGUGUCACCUGUGUCCCCUGUCCUCAGGGCCUGUCACUUAGCGCCCCACUGCUACCCAGAACACUGACCUGCUAGCUGGGUCCCUCCUGCACACCCCAGAGCCCUUCCUAGGUCAGAAGGGGUGGCCCAUCCAGGGAACCAACGAGUACCUCACUUAGUGACCCCAGCAUUCAGGCUGGCAUCACAGGUGCUGGGCGGAGGGGCUCUGGCCUGGGUCCUCAGCCCUGGCUGGACGCGGGCGUCCCAAGGCCACGUGGCUGGCCAUGAAGGUCCCCGUGCCAGACUGCCCCAGCACGUCCCUGCCUCCUUUGGAGGCUCCUUCUCUCGGUACUCACCCAGAGCCUGUGCAUAAAGCCACUUUGCCACUUUCCACCCAGAAUCUUACGUUCUUUGUAGCGCAUCGAGGGGGUUUUCUACAGACCUUGUCUGUCUUGCGUCUUUUCUCUGUGGACUCUUGAGGACGCCUCAACCCCAGCCCUGCCCCUGGCCAGCCUCACCCUUGGGUCCAGGAGUCCCUCAGCUUAUUUUGCAGGGGUCGCCAAUGCCUUCAUGCAUCCCUUCCCCGAAGAUGCCCGGCAGGGAGGCAGAGCUUCCCCCACUCUGCCCAUGUCAGGCUAAGGCCGGUUGGCUGGUCACUAUGCAAUGCUGUCCCGGGGAGGCUCCAUGAGGGCACAGUGGGUGCUGGGCCUGGACCCCCAACUCCCUUGCCUGCUGCCUGUGACCCUGAAGAACAGAAUUGACUCUUGCCCCUCCCUGCGUGAGCCUGGCCCUCCCUCCUGCCCCGGGCCCCUGCUGACGGGUCUCCCCCACCUCGCUGUGAAUAAACCGCUUUGCCCACUGCCUGC